AUGCCUGUUUUGUUUUUCUCGUCGUUGAUGAGCGCGCGGAGGGAGAAUGGGCCCGGUAUUCGGAACGACCAUGACGGGUAUGGGAUGAACAGUCGUAGUAAGAGUGACAGCUUUGGCCGCGGCCGACGUGGGGUCAUGAGCGGCAAGUUGCAACUCAAGGGUUGGGCAAGAGGCACCGCAGGGGUAAACAGAGGUGACGAGUUCGGGUUGUGGCGAUCCAAUACUCAGGUCUAG